AUGGGUUCACGUGUUAGUUGUAAUGCUAUCGAUGAUCCAUUGAAUAAUAAUACAAUAUCUUCUGUAAAUAAUUCAAAUUUACCACAACCACAUGUUUAUAUUAAAGAUAAAUUUCAAUUAGAAUUUCUCGAUUGUAAUUGUUACUGUGAUACAACAAAGAAAAUAGCUAAUUGUGAUUUUCAAGAUAAUAAUUUACUACAUGAUUUAUAUGAAAUGAUUGUUACACCUGAAUAUAAAUUUAAUUGUCGAUGUUCAUGUGGUGAUGAUAAUGAUGUUAAAAAACACACGAUAAAAUUUGGUUUAACCGGCUCUCCAAAUACACAUAUAACAUGUGAUGGGUUGAAUUUAUCUUGUCCAAUAUCUAGUGACUCAAAAACAUAA